AUGACCAUGAACAAGAUGAAGAACUUUAAGCGCCGUUUCUCGCUGUCAGUGCCCCGCACUGAGACCAUCGAGGAAUCCUUGGCUGAAUUCACAGAACAGUUCAAUCAGCUCCACAACCGGCAUAAUGAGGAUCUGCAGCUUGGUCCUCUUGGCAGCGAUCCCCAACCAGAGUCCAGUACUUUCUCCCCGACAGACAGUGGGGAGGAGCCCAGGCCACUAUCCCCUGGCACACAGUACCGGCGGCAGAACCAGCGCCGCUUCUCCAUGGAGGACCUCAGCAAGAGGCUCUCUCUGCCAAUGGACAUCCGCCUGCCCCAGGAGUUCCUACAGAAGCUACAGCUGGAGAACCCAGAGUUGCCCAAGCCACUCAGCCGCAUGUCCCGCCGUGCUUCUCUGUCAGACAUUGGCUUCGGGAAACUGGAAACGUACGUGAAACUGGACAAACUGGGGGAGGGUACUUAUGCCACAGUCUUCAAGGGCCGCAGCAAGCUGACGGAGAACCUGGUGGCUCUGAAGGAGAUCCGGCUAGAGCAUGAUGAGGGGGCACCCUGCACUGCCAUCCGAGAGGUGUCUCUGCUGAAGAACCUUAAGCACGCCAACAUCGUGACCCUGCAUGACCUCAUCCACACGGAGCGGUCCCUCACCCUGGUGUUUGAGUACCUGGACAGCGACCUGAAGCAGUACCUGGACCACUGUGGGAACCUCAUGAGCAUGCACAAUGUCAAGAUUUUCAUGUUUCAGCUACUUAGGGGUCUUGCUUAUUGCCACCGCCGUAAAAUCCUGCACCGAGACCUGAAACCCCAGAACCUGCUCAUCAACGAGAAGGGGGAGCUGAAGCUGGCAGACUUUGGACUGGCCCGGGCCAAGUCAGUGCCCACCAAGACCUACUCCAACGAGGUGGUGACCCUAUGGUACAGGCCUCCCGAUGUGCUGCUGGGCUCCACAGAGUACUCCACCCCCAUCGACAUGUGGGGUGUGGGCUGCAUCCACUACGAGAUGGCCACAGGGAGGCCCCUCUUCCCAGGCUCCACAGUCAAGGAGGAGCUGCACCUCAUCUUCCGCCUCCUGGGGACCCCGACAGAAGAGACGUGGCCAGGUGUGACAGCACUCUCAGAAUUCCAAACCUACAACUUCCCUCAAUAUCUCCCCCAGCCUCUCAUCAGUCACGCUCCCAGAUUGGACACUGAUGGCAUCGGUCUCCUCAACAGCCUUCUCCUGUAUGAAUCCAAGAGCCGAGUGUCAGCAGAUGCAGCCCUGAGCCAUCCCUACUUCCAGUCUCUGGGCGAGCACGUGCACCAGCUGGAAGACACUGCCUCCAUCUUCUCCCUGAAGGAGAUCCAGCUUCAGAAGGACCCAGGCUACCGGAGCCUGACCUUCUAUCAGCCAGGACGAGGGAAGAGCCGGCGGCAGAGCAUCUUCUAA